AUUAUUUCUGACCGAUACAAAUUUUAAAUUCAGGCAUUAAGUUUGUAACUGUGACGCGGAGUAUUUUUUUGGCCAGAGCGGGCGCUGCAGAGCGGAAGCACCGGAUCGUGAACCGGAAGAGAAGCAAAACCGACCGAUUUUUCUAAACAACAUGGCUGCUCCCUAUGGCUGUCACGCCGAGCUGAGCAAACAGUUCAGUUUGAACUAUUUUUGACUGUUGUGUUAGUUCUGCAGAUGGUUAAAGCCAGCUGGGAGUUGGUUUUAUUCAGAGCUAACUCAUGCUAGCACCGAAGGUUGUCGGAAUGGCUGCCGCCUUCAGAGGGAAAGUCAGACCGGUGGUCUGUCUUAGCCGGAGACUGUCCACCCAGGAGCAGGCUGGACCUCCGGACUCUCCCCUGGAGAGCCAGUUGCCUGCGGUCAAGGUGCGAAGACCAAGAAAGGACCCCAGGGGCCAUUCCGUGCUUCUCUUCCCCGGGCAGGGUAGCCAGUUUGUGGGUAUGGGGAAAGGACUGACGAAGUACCCCAACGUAAAAGAGAUGUUCUCCGUAGCGCAGAAGAUUCUGGGCUACGACCUGCUGACACUGUGCCUGGAGGGGCCGGAGAAGGACCUGCUGAAGACGGUGCACUGUCAGCCGGCGGUGUUCGUCACCUCUCUGGCUGCAGUGGAGAAGCUGCACCACGAAAACCCAAAGGCUAUUGAGACGUGUGUCGCGGCUGCAGGUUUCAGCGUUGGUGAAUUCGCUGCUCUUGUUUUUGCUGGAGCCAUGAACUUUUCAGAAGCUUUGUAUGCAGUGAAGGUGCGUGCAGAGGCCAUGCAAAAAGCCUCUGAACUGGUUCCCAGUGGGAUGCUGUCGGUUGUCGGCAGACCGCAGGCUCAUUAUAAAUACGCCUGCCUUCAAGCCAGAGAGCACUGCAAGAGUCUAGGGAUUGAGGACCCCGUUUGCUCCGUGGCCAACUAUUUAUUCCCAGAUGGCAGGGUCAUUGCAGGGCACAUGCAGGCCCUGGACUUCCUCCAGGAGAACUCGCGCAGUCUAGAGUUCAUCAGGGCCAAACUUCUCCCAGUUAGCGGAGCAUUCCACACCGAGCUGAUGGCGUCGGCUACCAAACCGCUAAGAGAGGUGCUGCAGCAGGUGGAGGUGCGACGCCCCGAGAUCAGGGUUUACUCCAACGUGGACGGAAAGCGCUACAUGAGUGAAAGCCACGUUCGCAAGCAGCUGGUCAAGCAGCUGGUGUCGCCGGUGAAAUGGGAGCAGGUUCUACAUGAAAUCUACGAAAGGACACAGGGGGAGAGUUUCCCUCAAACGUACGAGGUCGGCCCCGGGAAGCAGCUGGGCGUCACGCUCCAGAAGUGCAACAGGAAGGCCUCUCAGUUGUACACUCACAUAGACGUCACCGCAAGCGAAAAGUGACUGAUGAUGGAAAAGAUUGUGUAUAUCUGUGUAUUUAAUGAAAUGAUUUUAAAUAAACACGCCAGUCGGUUUUUCUCA